AUGGGUAUCUCACGCGACUCUCGUCACAAGCGCUCGGCUACCGGCGCGAAGAGGGCCACCUACCGCAAGAAGAGGGCGUUCGAGAAGGGUCGCCAGCCCUCCAACACCCGUAUCGGAACCAAGAGAAUCCACCUGGUCCGCACCCGUGGUGGUAACCAGAAGUUCCGUGCCCUUCGUCUCGAAUCCGGCAACUUCUCGUGGGGUUCUGAGGGUAUCUCCCGCAAGACCCGUGUCAUCGUUGUUGCCUACCACCCCUCCAACAACGAGCUCGUCCGCACCAACACCCUGACCAAGUCGGCCGUCGUUCAGAUCGAUGCUGCUCCUUUCCGUCAAUGGUACGAGGCUCACUACGGCCAGCCCAUCGGCCGUCGUCGCCAGCAGAAGACCGAGACCACCGAGGAGAAGAAGUCCAACAGCGUUGUGAAGAAGCAGGCUGCUCGCUUUGCUGAGCAGGGCAAGGUCGAGUCUGCUGUUGAGCGUCAGUUCGAGUCCGGUCGUCUGUACGCUGUUGUGUCGUCCCGCCCCGGCCAGAGCGGCCGCGUGGACGGAUACAUCCUGGAGGGUGAGGAGCUGGCUUUCUACCAGCGUGCUAUCCGCAAGUAA